CUCUCUCCCUUACUCAAUCUUUCUCACUCUAUCACUCUUUUUGUCCUUUCUUCGAUUCUCUCUGUAAACCCUAGAAAUAUCAUCAACCUCGUUCUGAUCGGAGAUCGGAGAAGAGUAGGAAUUCCGUUUCAAUCAUUGGCUGUUAACACAAUUACUUCAGUAACUGAAAUUAUAGGCAAUAGCGAAAAUGAGUUCGACGAUGGAAUCACUUUCGCUAUUAAACCCUAGCUGUAACACCGGUUCUUGGCUCUCUUUGAAGAAAGCGGCUCCAAUGGCUUUGCGUUCCUCGCCGUCUUCUUUGUGUUUCGAUCCACUUGGAAGAGCUCACAGUUGCCGACUGUUUGCUGCACCAACCAGAGGACUAGCCUCUGCUUCAAUUUCACUACAUCGAAAAGGUUCCUCGACUCGACAGCUGGUUGUCUUUGCCGCUUCGCACGAGGAUUCUAAGCAUUCGGAAAUUGAAGUGGAGAACGAAAAGGAUAAUAUAAAACUGGGAGCUGACGAAUCUCAGGAAGCUUGGAGAGAGGCAUUAGCUUCCUUUAAAGAACAAGCUUUAAAGAUUCAGAGUGUAUCUCAGGAAGCAUACGAGGUAUACUCUAAGAAAGCGUUGGUUAUUCUGAAAGAAACAUCAGAACAGUUGAAGAUACAAGCUGAUAAAGCAAAGGAUGAUUUGAGUGAGAUCGUAAAAGAAAUUAGUGAAGAUGGCAAAGACUAUCUUUCAACAGCUGCAGAACAAUCUCCUGAAGUUAAGGAAAUUGUGGAAACGUUCACUUCAUCAACUGAUGAUCUGAGUGACAUUUCGAAAAUCCACGACUUCCGAGUUGGGAUACCGUAUGGUUUAGUUCUUUCUAUUGGUGGCUUUCUCGGCUUCAUGGUAACGGGAAGUACAGCCGCCAUUAGGUUUGGUGUUAUUCUCGGUGGUUCUCUUCUGGCUUUAAGCGUAAUUAGUUUAAGAUCACAUAACAAAGGAAAACAAUCUUCUUUAGCUCUUAAAGGGCAACUGGUUAUUGCAAGUAUACUUUUCCUGAGGGAGGUACGCUUGCUAGCACAGAGACCAUCAAUUAUCAGUGUUUUAACGGCAUUUAUCAGCGGAGCAGUGGGGGCAUUCUAUGUAUAUAGGAUUUCACAAGAUGGAAAACAGGAACGAGGGUCAGACUUGGGAAAGAAGGCCGAGAGUUAGUUCCACGGCAUGGUAGGAAUAGGGUUGGAGAGUUCUAUUACAAUACCUUAGAUAAGAGUUCGGAUUUGAGAAGGUAAUGUUUGAUUCGAUCGAUAAUGAGCUCGUUAGAGGAUUUUGUUUUUUGUAGUAUUAUUUGUGUUGUUGUUAUGGCGAAAGCAAUAAUAUAGAGAUGCAAGAACUCAUGGUUUAGUAUUUUUUUCGGUGUAUGGCCCGGAAUUAAAAGAAAGUGGAAGAAGAUCACAACGCCGAAAAAUAAAAAUGAUAAUCUCAGUGUUAAAAACAUUUUGAGAUCGAAGUCGAUAAAAAAGAAACUGGAAGGACAAAUUCCUCAUAUCGGAUUCAAUUAAUAUUUAUAAAAAUAUUUGAUGAAACAAAUUUGAUUUUUAAAAA